UUCAUCAUUCAGUUCGUGUCGAUUCACGUACGCUCUGUUUCGGUGAUUCAUUGUUAUCCGGUUUUACUUUCGGUUUUGGCUUACCAGGAAAUUUGGGAAAUACCGAUCAGGAGGAUCGUCAGUACUUGUUAGAGCUAACACGGGAAUAAACAAAAUGGCAACAGAGCUCACACAAACCCACAAGGAUCAACUUUCUAAAUGGAUCGAUUCAACUAAAAACUACAAGUUUACCUUACUGUACAAGAUCAGCCGUGAUGGAUGUGUAGCCCCAACCUUCCAUAGUCUUUGUGACAACAAGGGGCCGACAGUCACCGUCCUGUACAAUACCGACAAGUCCGUAUACGGGGCUUACACUGCUGUCAACUGGCAAUCUAAUGGUGCCUAUAGCGUCGACGCUAAAGCCUUUCUGUUUAAAUUAGAGUAUAACGGUACAGCACAGCCAAUGAAGUUUCCCAACAAAACAGGCGGAACAAACGCAAUCUACGGGAAUGCGAGUUAUGGUCCAACAUUUGGUGGACAUGACCUUCAUUCUUUUUCUGCUACUGUGAACAAAUCCGGAAAUAAUUUUCCUUUAAAUGGUAACACAAACGGAUUCGGAGGGACCUAUGAUAUGCAAGGGCAGAACUACAACUCUGUGAUGAAUGGUCACUUACAGGUUCUUGACCUCGAGGUCUACAGUAUCGAAGAACAGGAGCUGCUACAAAAGCCGUGGAUUCGGAAUGUGGACUGGAGUCGUAAGUUUGAGGAGGAGAUAAAGGACAGGGUGGCCACCUAUAAACCGUUACCCGGAUUGGACCUCCAGCAGGCGAGGAUCCUGUUGGUUGGUCAGGUCGGAGCUGGGAAGUCUAGCUACUUUAACACCAUCAACUCCAUCUUCCGGGGACACAUAAGCGCCCAGGCCAACGCUGGAAGCGCUGAACAUAGUCUUACAACAUCUUAUAGGACAUAUCAAGUAAGAGACGGAUAUGCUGGGAAAUCUCUCAACUUUCGGUUAUGCGACACACGUGGUCUUGAAGAGGACCAAGGUCUUGAUGAUCAUGAGAUUGGUUAUCUACUUGAGGGUCACGUGCCAGACAGGUACAAGUUUAACCCUGCUGUUCCACUAUCACCCGAGGCAAUUGGGUUUGUGAAGAACCCCAAAUUGUCCGAUAGAAUCCAAUGUGUGGUAUUUGUCCUUGAUGGUAGUGCUGUGGAUGUUAUCCCCGCGAAAGUGAUGGAGCGAAUAAAGGCCAUGCAAAUACGAAUGAAUCAAAGAGGGAUUCCCCAGGUUGUGCUUCUGACGAAAAUCGACAGAAUAUGUGAGGAGAUCUCAAAUGACAUCAGCAAAGUGUUUUUCAGUCCAAGGAUGAAAGAUUGUGUGGACAGGGUUUCUAUGGUCAUGGGGCUGCCACGAUCACACAUACUUCCUGUCAAAAACUACGAAAGUGAGGUAGAGCUUGAUCAGAACAUUAACAUCCUGUCACUUCUCAGCCUGAGACGAAUUCUAAAUUUCGCUGACGACUACCUGUACAACACACUGGAUGAAAUAGAGCUUGACAAGGUGCAACACAUUAAAAUCCGUGAACGAAACUGAUAUUAUGAUAUAGCUGAGUAAAACCUUUUUAUUGAAAUUAAGGUGUAUAGGAGUGAGAAAAAGACAUUUCAAUCAGUAUUGCUUUCAAAGCAUGAGCUCAUGUAGGACAAAUGAAUAGGAUUUAUUUGUGCGCAAUGUUGAAGAUGCAUUACAUUUAAUCUAGCUUGAAAAAGACAUUUGUACAUUCACAUUCCUCCGUAACACAACAAAAGCACGUUAAUAAUACCACUUUCCUGGCUAAAUAUGAAAUCAGAGCGAGAUUCAAAUCGGGCAAGUUUUGUUGCAGCUUAUCAAUUAUAAGUUCGAACCGCUGAAGACUUCAUUCCUUCUUUUGUCGAUUCCAUGUGGUGAUGAUUUGGUCAUUGGAGGACCAUCAUACAGCGAUGUAUUGUAAGCUGAUAUUUAUAUACAGCAAUUGAAAUAAGAUACAAAAACAUAUUGUAAAUGUCGUAUUCAAUUUUAUUUUACUAUUUUUUGCCAAAUGUGAAAGCAUGUAUCCAAACGCACAAACAAUGUUAAUAAAACAUACAUGAUUUGGCAUUUUCAUUGAGUUCAACUUAAGCAAAUAAUGACAUAUUGUUCUCAUUGCUGACUUGUGAUCACUACACAAUUAAAGCCGAAAGGAUAAAAUAAUUUCAAAUAAGACACUUUUUAUGAUUUGUUUUGAGUCAU